CGUAUGUGCAGAGGGGAUUCUGACAUUUAAAAAACACGUCCGUUACAAAAUGGACAAUAGUGGCUGACUUGAAGGACAUCUCCUAGAACUCUAAAACUUUUCUAGACCUUCCAGAGCAGCACUGGACAGAACACCUGUGGAUUGAUAUUUGACAGAGCACAGGCCUCAACGAUGAGUGGAAUUACAAGAACUACCUUCUACUUUGGCUUCACUCUAGUCCUGUUGACAAUAACUUGACACUGAAAGGAUGCUCUUCGGUUCAGGGCUAGCCAUCCUCCUCCUCCUGGCCACAUCCAGUGCACAGACCAGCCCACAACCCUGCCGGUGUUCAACCCUACAGCCUGCAGGACUACAGAUAAACUGCAGCUCCCUGAGCCUCAGGGAAGUGCCACCUCUCUCUCCAGACACCACCGAGCUCCACCUCCAGAACAACCUGCUGUCCACAGUACCUCCAGGGCACUUCGACAGGCUGCAAGGCCUGAGGAGGGUCACCCUGUCUGGAAAUCCUUUCCACUGUAACUGUGAAAUCCAGUACCUAAGGACCUGGCUGAGGAGGAACAGGGCUGUCAUGUCUGGUGGGGUGCCCACCUGUGCCAGCCCCAGUAGUGUGGCACACACAGCCAUCACUGUGCUCAGUGAUGCCUACUUCUCCUCCUGUGCCCAGCGGAGGUGUGCAGGGGAGGUGUAUGAUACCCUGGUGGGGGUGAUGCUGUGUGGGCUCAUCGGCCUGCUGCUGUGGGCCCUGAAGCUAGCAAAGAACUCCACCUUCACUCUGGACAUGGAUCAGAGACACGCAGGGUUUGAGGCUGACUCUCUGAAGUCGCUGAAGCCCAAACACAGGAGGACACUCCAGAGGGUCUCUCUGUCUGAGGAAUGUGAGAACUCUACCUCUCUCACCUGGACAGAUGACCCAGAGAGACCACUGAUUAACAUGGAGAUAUUGCCACAAAUACUGGACGUGUUGCACAAGAAGCACAAUAUAAAGAUAAAGGCAACAUGAGAUAUGGGAUGACUGUUGCGCACCAUAGGGUGGCUGGGGAUUUACAACCUAAGCCGGUGAAUGAGUGUUUUGCCCUCUGUUGGAAUACCGUUCAUCAGACUGUUUUGACUCAUGCUUUGAAUAGAUUUUUGUCUCUAGCAAUAGUAAGCCUAUAAUAUAAUGCUCUGGAACUGUUAUCUCCCAUUGUUGUUAUGUAGAUUGUUACUUUGUUUUAUACUUGCACACUGUAUCUCUCUGAUGAAAAUAAAUGUAUGACAAGCUCAA